CCACGUGACCCCGCGGCCGGGCCAGGACGCGACGGGACGCGCUGGGACCGGCGUCGGGGGUCCCGGGGACCAUGCAGCGGAGGUGGGUCUUCGUGCUGCUCGACGUGCUGUGCUUACUGGUCGCCUCCCUGCCCUUCGCUAUCCUGACGCUGGUGAACGCCCCGUAUAAGCGAGGAUUUUACUGCGGGGAUGACUCCAUCCGGUACCCCUACCGUCCAGACACCAUCACCCACGGGCUCAUGGCUGGAGUCACCAUCACGGCCACCAUCGUCCUCGUCUCUGCCGGGGAAGCCUACCUGGUGUACACAGACCGGCUCUAUUCUCGCUCUGACUUCAACAACUACGUGGCUGCCGUAUACAAGGUGCUGGGGACCUUCCUGUUCGGGGCGGCCGUGAGCCAGUCUCUGACAGACCUGGCCAAGUACAUGAUCGGGCGUCUGAGGCCCAACUUCCUAGCCGUGUGCGACCCCGACUGGAGCCGGAUCAACUGCUCGGUCUAUGUGCAGCUGGAGAAAGUGUGCAGGGGAAACCCUGCGGACGUCACCGAGGCCAGGUGGGUGUGGACUAGCAGCCUUCACUCUUGGGGGAAUGGGAGCUGA